UGUGUAAAGAAUAGUGAAAAUUCCAGUAUAAAGUUCCUUCUUCGGUGAUAUAUUUAACCUAUAAGUCGUCGUAGGUAACUUAUAUAAAAUGUCGCAAACAGCAUUACCCAAUCCAAACACGCUAUUACCGUUAGAGUUGGUCGAUAAAUGUAUUGGUUCGCGGAUUCACAUCAUCAUGAAGAAUGAUAAAGAAAUGGUGGGAACACUCCAAGGAUUCGAUGAUUUUGUAAAUAUGUUACUCGAUGACGUCACAGAAUACGAGUCUACGCCGGAAGGGAGGAAAAUAACGAAACUAGAUCAAAUUCUGUUGAAUGGAAACAAUAUUGCAAUGCUGGUACCUGGCGGUGAAAUGCCGGGAGAAAACUAUGACGGACAGUAAUAGAUAUAAGUUUAGUGUACAAUAAACUAAUUUUAUAAGCAAUAUUUUAUUUUUAUUUAGCUGGAAAUAAAAUCCUGCCUUCACUGUUUUAACACGCAAAAUAUUAUUUGCGAACAUAUUGUUGAGAAACAUGCAAAACAACAGAUAUUUUAUUCACAUUAACAUAAAAAUAUUACAGACAAAUGAUAUUAAAAUGCACUACAGGAAAA